CCCGGAGGGGCUUUGCGUUCGGGAGAGGCGCUGCUUGGCCGGUGGUAGAUUGCAGGGUGCUGGAUCCACGGCUGAGGAGAACGGCGAGGGGGUUCGGUAUUUCCUAACUGGAUCUCCACAACGAUGAGUGCUGCCAGGGAGUCCCACCCGCACGGGGUGAAGCGUUCAGCCUCCCCAGACGACGAUCUUGGAUCUAGCAAUUGGGAGGCAGCAGACUUAGGUAAUGAAGAGAGAAAACAGAAGUUUUUGAGACUUAUGGGAGCAGGAAAGAAAGAACAUACCGGUCGUCUUGUUAUAGGAGAUCACAAAUCAACAUCUCACUUCCGAACAGGGGAAGAAGACAAAAAAAUUAAUGAAGAACUGGAGUCUCAAUAUCAGCAAAGCAUGGACAGUAAAUUAUCAGGAAGAUAUCGACGACAUUGUGGACUUGGCUUCAGUGAGGUAGAAGAUCAUGAUGGAGAAGGUGAUGUGGCUGGAGAUGAUGAUGAUGAUGAGUCACCUGAUCCUGAAAGUCCAGAUGACUCUGAAAGUGAUUCAGAGUCAGAGAAAGAAGAAUCUGCUGAAGAAUUGCAUGCUACUGAACACCCUGAUGAAGUGGAGGAUCCCAAAAACAAAAAAGAUGCAAAAAGCAAUUACAAAAUGAUGUUUGUUAAAUCCAGUGGUUCAUAACUCCCAAACACUUAGUCUUUGUAUUAAAAGUAAGCCUUAUUGUUAUAAUGCACAGUGGAGGACUGCUUAUAGAGCACAGACCUUUGUAUUAUAAUUUUUAAAAAGGCCCUUUUAAAUAAUUACAAAGAGUGUUUGCUUUCAGAUGCCAUGGGUUACACUUUUAUGGGCAUGACUAUAACCAUUUUUGUAAAGAGUAAGAGUUGUAUAAAAUAAUAAAUACAGUACUCAGCUUCCUUUCAUAUUAGCAUCAUCAACCCUCUAACCUUACCUUCUUACCCCUUUUAAUGCAGUUAUGGGGGAGACACUUUUGAAACAGAUAAUGUUUUGUUUUUGUGAUAGCUGUUUUAUCUUUUUUGUUCUUUCAUACUUUUCUCUUAUAAAAAGUUUAUUUGAUACUGUGAUAUGUUUGUGAAAAAUACUCUGCUUUUAUUAUACUUUGUUAUAGCGGAAUUGUUCAUCAUGGAUAGUUUUCCUUCCAGUAACAUCUAAUGUUGGCAAAAGAUUAGGUACUUAGUUUACUCUUACUGAUUCGGCUCUACUCUUUUGGACCAAAGCAACAUGAGAGCAAGUACUUCCACAGUUGUUACGAUGGACUUGGAACUGUCAUAAUUUUGGAAUAAUACGACCCUAAGCAGUCUUUAUAUAAUUUGAAUUACAUCAUAUAUUAGAUUUUUUAUAAAAUUUGGCCAGUUUUUACAGAAGAAAUUAUUUCUGUGAUCAUUUGGUCCUAUCUAGGAUUAUGUAAAACUGAUUUUUUUUUUUUUUUUUUUUUUUUUUGAGGUAAUAUGUGACCAAAGUUAAUUUUCUCCCUAAGGCCUAAAUAAGAGAAAGCCGUUUCCUACAUUUGGUUGUAAAACCUGUAUCCUCAUUGUCUAAAAAUGAGGAACAGGCUUAUUGAAUAAGAAGCUGAAACAAAUUGUCAUCAUUUUAUCCCAAUGUUGUUAUCUUGAUACAGCAUUGUCAUCUAAUUAUAAAAAGUAUUACUUUGUAAUUUUAUUGCAGUUUCUGUUGGAGUAAGGUUGGAAUCAUCUGGCUUCUAUUAUGUGGUUGAUUCAUAUAGCAGAUUAACUCAGACUGCAUUAUGGGCUAGUCAAUGAUCUUUGAAUAAUUGGGUCCAAAAUUACGAUAUUUCUAACUGGCGUUGAAAGGUUUGAGUCAAACCUAUUUGUAAACCAAACUAUAUGUUUAGAUGCUUAGAUACUGAUGUGUGGGAUUUUUCUUUUUAAUUAUUCCUGUGUUGUUUUGAAAUUUAGAAUGUAUUAGAAGAGUAACAGAACAGGUGAGAUUUCUGGUUUAUACAGUUCAUCUGAAAUAUUCUUUAUAUGUUCGACCCCCAAGGGUUUUCCCCCCUAUUUCUCACAUUGCUACCCCGUAUAGUAAAAUGUUGAGUCAGUGGAUAGUAGACAGUUCAUAUAGCAUUUAACAAAGAAUUGAUUUGAACAAGUUUGGCUUCAUUCAACAAAUUUUAGGUUGGCUACUGAUUUUCAAAUAUUUAGUCUGUGGAAUUGCUUAUUGCAGCUAAUUUAAGUAGAAAGAAAAGGACUGAUUAUGUUUAAGAAUUGAAGAGGGAGAGACCAGUAUUAUGUUUUAAGAAGUAUUUUCAUCAUUUCAUUGUUUAAAUAUACUGGGUUUUUAUAAGUCUUUGUUAACGAUAUGUAAGUGGAAGAGCCUUCUAAAAUGAUAACUACACUGGAAGACCUUUUCAUCUCCAAAUUGAGAAAUUCUGAUUUCAAUUAAUUCAUGUAUUAUUGGACAUUAACAUAAUAUCAGGGUUGGAAUAAAUUUAGGUCUAUUGGUCCAUGUGGCUUAGUGUCCCAGCACCACAUUAAACAUCACAGUUGUCUUUUAAGCAUGAACCUUUUUUUUUUCUAAUUAGAGAAAAGCAUUAACAACAGAAGACUGAUGCCAUGCCAUUUAGUUACCCCUACUGAAAAAAUCAGGUGGAAAAUACAAAUUAUUUUCAUGCAGUGAAAUACACUAUUCAGUGAAAAGUUUCAUAGCAACUUUUCCAUGUCAUCGAUAAUUUCGUAACUGAAAUGUGCAACUGGUGCACUUCUCCCAUGUUUGCCUGUACUCAAGUGUUUUCCUGUACCAAUGAUCUAACGGUCUUUUUAUUGAAAAGAAUGUUUCCAGAAACACAGAUUACAAUUUUGUGUGCAUUAAUAGAUAAAAGUCCUCAAAUCUAUAAUUUUCAAAAUCUGGGAGAAUUGAAGGCACAGAGAAAAGUCUAGAGAGUGAUUGUACUUCUGAUAAAACCAUAGCUUGGCUGGUCACAUUCUUUGAGUAAAUUUUGGGGAAAUAAAAAAAUUUCAACUA